UGACGUCCCCGGCCCUUCGUCCAUUUUCGCACAUGGUUGCCACACCGGCCGAGCCUCGCCAGCUGCAGCUUUAACAUCAUUCCAACGCCCGCCUAGAAAUAAUCUGGUCUCGCUGGUUGCCGUUAAAUGCAAGAUACGGUGGACAUGGUGGACGACCCGGAGUAUGACGAGGAAGAGCCUUCCUUCAGCGACCCGGAGGACUUCGUAGAUGACAUCGAUGACGAGGAGUUUCUGGAGGAUAUCUUGCGGGAGAAACCCCAGGAGGCUGAUGGCAUAGACUCGGUGGUGGUAGUGGACAAUGUCCCCCAGGUGGGACCUGAGCGUUUGGAAAAACUCAAGAACGUCAUACACAAGAUCUUCUCCAAAUUUGGCAAGAUCACAACCGAGUUUUAUCCAGAGGUCGAAGGGACGACCAAAGGAUACAUCUUCUUGGAGUAUGGUGCUCCCACUCAGGCUCUCGAGGCAGUAAAGAAUGCAGAUGGAUACAAGCUUGACAAACAGCAUACGUUUAGGGUCAACCUCUUCACAGACUUUGAUAAGUACAUGAACAUCAGUGAUGAGUGGGAAGCUCCAGCAAAGCAGCCUUUCAAAGACUUUGGUAACAUGCGUCACUGGAUUGAGGAUCAAGACUGCCGUGACCAGUUCAGUGUGAUCUACGAAGCAGGAGAGAGGACUGCCAUUUUCGCCAACGAUGCUAAAGAGUCAAUCACAGUUGAAGAGAGAGCGCGCUGGACAGAGACGUACGUUCGCUGGUCUCCUAAAGGCACCUACCUGGCCACUUUCCACCAACGUGGCAUUGCGUUGUGGGGCGGUGAGAAGUUCAAGCAGAUCCAGAGGUUCAGCCAUCAGGGCGUGUCCCUCAUCGACUUCUCACCAUGUGAGAGGUACUGUGUGACCUUCAGUCCAUUGAUGGACACCAAAGAGGACCCACAGGCCAUCAUCAUUUGGGAUAUUCUGACUGGACAGAAGAAGAGAGGUUUCCACUGUGAGAGCUCUGCACACUGGCCCAUAUUCAAGUGGAGCCAUGAUGGCAAGUUCUUUGCUAGGAUGACCCAAGACACGCUGAGCAUCUAUGAAACUCCAUCAAUGGGCUUGCUGGACAAGAAGAGUCUCAAGAUUAGUGGGAUCAAGGAUUUCUCGUGGUCACCUGGUGACAACAUCAUAGCCUUCUGGGUACCUGAGGACAAGGACAUCCCAGCAAGAGUGACUCUGAUGCAGUUGCCUUCCCGUCAGGAAAUCCGUGUGCGCAAUCUUUUCAACGUUGUUGACUGCAAAUUACACUGGCAGAGAAAUGGAGAUUAUCUGUGUGUGAAAGUUGACAGGACUCCCAAAGGAACUCAGGGUGUUGUUACCAACUUUGAAAUCUUCCGGAUGAGAGAGAAGCAGGUUCCGGUUGAUGUGGUGGAGAUGAAGGAAGGUAUCAUAGCAUUUGCCUGGGAGCCCAACGGCAGCAAGUUUGCUGUUCUGCACGGAGAAUCUCCAAGAAUCAAUGCCUCCUUCUAUCACGUCAAAAACAAUGGCAAAAUUGAACUCAUAAAGAUGUUUGAUAAGCAGCAGGCUAACAGCAUCUUCUGGAGCCCUCAGGGACAGUUUUUGGUGCUGGCUGGACUCAGGAGUAUGAAUGGAGCUCUUGCCUAUGUAGACACAUCGGACUGCACAAUGAUGAACAUAGCCGAGCACUACAUGGCCUCUGACGUGGAGUGGGACCCGACUGGGCGAUACGUUGUCACCUCCGUCUCCUGGUGGAGCCACAAGGUGGACAAUGCGUACUGGCUGUGGACAUUCCAGGGCCGUCUCCUUCAGAAGAACAACAAGGAUCGCUUCUGUCAGCUGCUGUGGAGACCCAGACCCCCUACUCUGCUCAGUAUGGAUUCCAUCAAGACGAUCAAGAAGGAUCUCAAGAAAUACUCAAAGAUCUUUGAGCAGAAGGAUCGUCUGAGCCAGUCCAAGGCGUCAAAGGAGCUGGUGGACAAGCGCAGGGGCAUGAUGGAAGACUACCGUCGCUACCGAGAGGAAGCACAGAAGAUCUACCAAGAACAGAAGGACGCCCGCCUCGAGCUCAGAGGAGGAGUGGAUACCGAUGAGCUGGACAGCAAUGUGGAAGACUGGGAGGAAGAGACCAUUGAGUUUUUUAUCAACGAAGAAAUCAUUCCCAUUGGAGAACUCUAGUCCCCUACGCAGGUUAACACUUGUUAUUCCAUCCAUUGUUGUGUGGAAGGAGAGAGGAACGGUGUCAUUGACUGGAGAAGGAAGACGACCACACUGUGAAUCUUGGGUUCACCUCCAGGCUUAAUUAUCCACUUUAGUGACAUCAUCAUAAUCAUCAAAGCACGCCUGGCGGGUCAGCAGCUACAUUAACGGACAAGAGAAGAUACUUUGUACUACAUAUUUUUCUUCUCUGUUUUAUUUUAUUUUUUCUUUCACCAUUAUCUAUCCCAUUUUCCCCCUUUGGAACUUGAUAAUUGGUAAUACUGCCUCCUUUUUUCUAGUCAUUGGUUGGAGUCAACAACUCUCAACCCCAUCUUAUUGGACCUUUUAAUCUCCCUGGGUUUUUCUGAACCAGUUUCACCAUGCUAGCUUGUUACUACAAGGCAGCACACGGUGCCAUACCAGUGCAGAGUGGAGGUGUUGAGACUAAACAAGUAGCCUUGUCAAUAAAUGUGCUGAUGUGGCAUUACAGUGGCCUGUAUCCUCCUCCUUUCAGACUAGGCUUUCACACAGGGAGGGGGUGCGCAGUGGGAAUACCUUUAAAUAAACAUUCACACACAACUA